UCAAAACAUUCCACUUAUAAAAUCUAAUUUCAUAAUUAAAUAAUUAAAAGGUAACAAAACAAACUACUGAGAAAAAAAAAACAUAGAAGUUUGAGUGUGUGAAGUUCUGAACCACACAAAAUGUCUUCCAUGGCUUUCUCCACAACUUUCUUCACACCUCUUCAUGAUUUCAAUCAAUCUAGAACAAAUCCAAUCCCUUCCACUUCUUUCAAACCCUCAAUUGCUUCUUCAAAGUCACCUUUUUUUCAACAUGGGUUUUCUCAACAAACCUCUUUCAAUUCUCCCAAACUUGUUUUGAAGACUAGGUCUUUUUCAGUCAAUGCAAGAGCUGCUACAGAAAAAACCAUUUAUGAGUUUACUGUCAAGGAUAUUGAUAAGAAGGAUGUUUCUCUUAGCAAAUAUAAGGGGAAGGUUCUCUUGAUUGUUAAUGUUGCUUCAAAAUGCGGUUUGACAUCAUCAAACUACUCGGAACUGUCGCACUUAUAUGACAAAUUUAAAAGUAAAGGUUUGGAGGUGCUAGCUUUCCCUUGCAAUCAAUUUGGCAUGCAGGAGCCUGGAUCAAAUGAAGAAAUUAAGAAAUUUGCUUGCACUAAGUUCAAAGCAGAAUUUCCAAUUUUUGAUAAGGUUGAUGUAAAUGGACCAUUUACUGCUCCGGUAUACCAGUUUCUGAAAUCAAGUUCUGGUGGCUUUUUCGGGGAUCUUGUCAAGUGGAAUUUCGAGAAAUUCUUGAUUGAUAAAAAUGGUAAAGUCAUUGAAAGAUACCCACCAACAACUUCUCCUUUUCAAAUUGAGAAGGAUAUCCAGAAGUUACUUGCUGCUUGAGUAUCCAGGAAAAAGAAAGAAAGGGUAGCUGUACCUAGGAGCAAAACCGAAGACAUGCCUGCACAAGGAGUUAAAGUUUAUGACAAACAAUAAACAUAAUUAUGUAUAAAUUCGUUUUGCAUCUAUUAUAAUUGGUAUAUUAUAGAGAAGAAGAAAAAUGUGGAGAGAGUUCAUCAAUGGCCAGAAUUUUCUUUUAAUUUUUUAACAUUAUUUCACUUUCCUUCAAUCGUUUGAAUAUAAAUUAGGAAGUAAAGGUUUUUGUUGGAAAAAAUUUACAACUUCAAUGGAGAGUACCUUUCAUUUUCUAAUUCUA